UCUGGACCUCUUUUUCUAUACUUUCUCUGUCCCAAACCAAAUUAAACAAGAAACACACGCUACCUAGAGAAAAGAGCCGGCAAUUCUAUAAGAUCAACUUGCGCAAUAAUGUCUCGCCCCGAAGAUGUCCUACCACCGGACCUCUUCUACGACGAUAAUGAGUCUCGGAAAUAUACAACGUCAUCGCGUAUCCGGAACAUUCAAGCCGACAUGACCCAUCGAGCCCUCGAGCUCCUCGAUCUCAAAUCCCCCUCCUUCAUCCUCGAUAUCGGCUGCGGAUCUGGACUGUCCGGCGAAAUUUUGUCCCAAGAACCUCCCGAGCAAGGCGGCCCUCACACCUGGAUCGGCAUGGAUAUCUCGCCGAGCAUGCUGGAUGUUGCGCUGCAGCGCGGGGUUGACGGGGACCUUUUUCUCGCUGAUAUAGGCCAAGGUGUGCCGUUUCGACCCGGAUCGUUUGAUGCCGCAAUCAGCAUCAGUGCAAUCCAGUGGCUCUGCAAUGCGGAGACAAGCGACGUGAGUCCCGAGGGCCGUUUGCGGAGAUUUUUCGAGGGCCUUUAUGCUAGUCUUCGACGGGGCGGGCGUGCUGUUUGUCAGUUCUAUCCGAAGAAUGAUGCCCAGCGUACAAUGAUCAGCGGGGCCGCUGUCAAGGCUGGAUUCGGAGCGGGUAUCUUAGAAGAUGAUCCGGGUACCAAGAACAGCAAGCUCUAUCUUGUUUUGACGGUUGGAGGAGGUGGUCUGCAGGGUGAUAUUACGGGGGUUGUGGAUGGCAUGGACGAUGUGGACAUUCUCGAUGCAAGAAGACGGGCUAUGGAACGCGGCAAGGCGCCGGUUUCGAAAAAGGGCGAUAAGGCUUGGAUCCUGCGCAAGAAAGAGCAAAUGACUAAAAAGGGCAAAGUCGUCAAGGCGAACUCGAAAUACACCGGCCGCAAAAGACGCCCGGCAUUCUAAAAACCAAGGGAAGAAGAAGAAGAAAAGAAAAAAAAAUCCAAGUUCUCAUCUACCAACUCCUGCCAGCGCUCUUGGGCGACAAUACGGUCUGUUUUGUCCCAACUACAGGCUCCAAGCUGGCUCCGUAAGGAGAACAGUCGGCUGGCGGGAUUGCAACGCCUCUUCUUUCAGGGGUGGUAUUACCAAAAAUCACUUCCUUUCCAGAGAAAUUCUUCACGGUUACCUGUCUCAGGAGUUAGGGCGUUGGAACCCCGGGGGAAAUCACAAUUACAACGGACGAACGGGUGCGAAAGAUGCUGAUGUGAAAAGGCUCCCACGCGUUGGACAUACGGCUCAGGGGCUCUACACCGGGAUUGCAAAGAAAAUGGUUCUUUAUGAUGAUAUAUUUAAACGAUACCUAUUUAUGGCGCAUUGACAUGCUUCUA